GUAGUUGCUUCGAAGAUAAGAAGAGCUACACACUGCUACUCUUUGACACUCUCACUUAGACACCACUCUCUCUCACUCUUUUGGCCCAAAAACUUGAUCUUCAUCUUGUACACUCAUAAGCGAUUCUUGAAGAUCUCUCUCAUCUCUGUUACCAAUCUUUUCAAAAUGAGCACCCUCCACAUACUAAAAAUCUCUCUUAUGUUCCUUUUCAUGUCUCUCAAGAUGUCAAGCCCAGCCACAGCCGCAACAGCAACAACAAUAACAGCCACUUCCAAGUACCAGAUCGCAUGCACAAUGUGCUCAGCAUGUAACAACCCUUGUAAUAACCCAGUUCCUUCACCCCCACCACCAUCACCACCACCACCAUCACCCUCACCACCACCACCAUCACCAUCACAACCUCCACCAACACAAUCAUCAUCCUCUUCCAAUUGUCCACCACCACCAACACCAAGCUCAGGAGGCUCAGUCUAUUACGCACCACCCCCACCAUCUCAGCCCUCAUACACUUAUUCCUCACCACCACCACCUAAUGGUGUAGUUGGAGGCAAUUAUUAUCCUCCACCAAAUUAUAAAAACCACCCAAUUCCCCCACCACCAAACCCAAUUGUACCAUACUUUCCAUUCUACUAUUAUAACCCUCCUCCAGCAUCUAUUGCAAACUCGAUUGGGUUCUCUUUAUUUUAUACUAUUUCUAUUGCCUUUUCCGUGUUUCUUUGCUUUCUUUGAUGGUAAACAAGUAAGAGUAAACAAAAAAAGGUGGAAUAAUGUGGCAGGUUGUCAGAUCUCUAGGAACUUGAAGGUGAGAGGAAAGAAAGAAAGGAACUUUGAUCUUCAUUCUUCAAAGAAGAAGCAAGAAAAAUGAGAGUUGGGAAUUGAAACUAAUUGGGAGCUUGGUUUUGUAUUUAAUAUUAAAGAUCCCAUCUUUCACUUUUGCAUCCCAAGAAGAUGAACCAAGGUUUCUGUGCAGUGGGACCUAACAAGGAAUUCUGACUCAUUGUCAAGUAAUCCCAAUCCCUCUCUCUCUCUCUUUCUUGUGCUGUAUUGAUCUGUAAUUUGUUUACAAUUUGUACCUAUUUUGUUUCUGUUAAUUACAAAUUAGUUAUAAUUAUGGAAAAUAAAGUAACAAAGGAGUCAUUUAUGUCUACAA